AUGUUGAGCUGGCAAAAAGAAACCCUUGUACACGCCCUAGAAGCCGUAGAAGUCCUAGAAGCCGUACAAGUCCUAGAAGCCGUACAAGUCCUAGAAGCCGUACAAGUCCUAGAAGCCGUACAAGUCCUAGAAGCCGUACAAGUCCUAGAAGCCGUACAAGUCCUAGAAGCCGUACAAGUCCUAGAAGCCGUACAAGUCCUAGAAGCCGUAGAAGUCCUAGAAGUCCUAGGAAGCUCGGGAAGUCAGCCCCCAAGGCCGAUGGCGGAACACCCCGGGAACGCGGGAAGUGCAGGGUCCGCCACUGUAUUUAUAAAGAAAAUUGUCCGCCACCGCCGUUGGAGAAAACUCGAGCUGACGAUGACUUUGCCGACCUUUUCGAGGAUUCCGUUAUGCCAAAGACCACACCGCAAAAGAACAACCUCUUCCAAGACCUGCUGA